AUGGAAGAAAGGAAAGCGAAAGGAGAAACCGUCAAAGGGUCUGCAGGAAAGGAUCUUAUAAGCAACUUACCAGACGCUUUGAUAUCUCAGAUGCUCUUGUAUCUUCCGACAAAGGAAGCUGUUAGGACUAGUGUUCUGUCCAAUAGGUGGAAAAGUCUCUGGCUUUUGAUUCCUGAGUUUGAUUUGGCCUCUACUGAGUUCUCAGAUUACACUGCCUCCUUUGUGUGCUUUAUGGACAGGCUCCUAGGUUUCUGUAGGUUAGAGAAGUCAUGCUUGCACAAGCUCAAACUAAGUGUAAGGAAGGAUGGGAAUGAUCAGGUUUGUGUCACUCGGUGGAUAGACUUUGUGGCUACUCCUAACCUUAAACAUCUUGAUGUUGAGUUUGUUGGUCCUGUGAAGCGUGAGUGUUUGGAAGUGAUGCCAUUAAGCCUGUAUGUCUGUGAGACACUCCUUUACUUAAGACUCCACAGGGUAUUGUUGGAUAAUUUUAAGUCUGUUUCGUUAACUCGUCUCAAGACUUUGCAUUUAGAAGAAAACGAAUAUGCCAAUGAGGCAGGUCCAGAGUUGCUUAUCUCGUCUUGUCCUGUUCUUGAAGAUUUGAGCAUUGUUAGAAGGCCAGAUGAUAAUGCAAAGGUUUUACGAGUGAACUCUCAGACAUUAACCAGUCUCAGUAUAGAAGUUGGUGGUAGGGAUGAUGAAGAUGAUGAAGGUUUUGAUGAGGAUAACUCGGUGGUUUUGAUCGAUGCCCCUAGACUCAAGUAUCUGAAUUUCGAAGAUGAAGUAUCGCAUAGUAAAAUCAUAAGCAAUUCGGGUUCCUUAACAAAAGUCAAUAUUGUUGGGGAUUUCUCUCUGUGGGAAGAUAAGUUACAAAUGCGAAAGUUUUUCACCAGUAUCUCGGGAGUUAAGGAUAUGAAGCUCUCUUGGCGGGCUUUUGAGGUCAUUGACACUAUCAUGCCAUUACCCCAAUUUUGCAACCUGUCCUGUCUGGAAGCAGAGUUAUAUUCAGCCUCCAUGGAGGAUCUGCCAACGUAUCUUGAAAGCUUUCCAAAUCUAAAAUCCCUAACCUUGGAUGUGCUGUAUUGCACUAUGAGGGAAGAAGUAAGGCUCUCGUUGGUGCCUCAGUGUUUGCUGUCUUCGCUCGAGUUUGUAGAGAUAAAAGGCAUAUUCUGGGGAGCGCCUACUAAAAUGGAGGUGGUAGCAAGGUACUUUGCAGAAAACGCAGUAGUCCUCAAGAAACUUGUUCUGCGUUGCGGUGGUUCUGUGCUAGUACAAGAUUCCAUCUCAAGGGAUCUCUUUGCAUUGCUGAAGCGAUCAACUACGUGUCAAAUCAUACUUUGUUGA